CAAUCGAAAAAUCUUCUAAGAAAAAACAGGCCGAAGAGGAACAAGUAAUAAGACAAAAGAAAGAAACUUAAAUUAUUGCAUUGUGAAGGAAAAACCAAUAAAGAAGAGUCAACGUGAUAAUCUUGAUCAAAACCUGAAUUCUAAUCAGAAAAAACAGAGGAAGGGAAACAGAGAAAGAAAGAGCGAGAAAUGGGUUUUCAACAUCUGACAUUUUUUGCAAUAAUCACAAUUGGAUUCUUGUAUGGCAAUCUUAUGGUCACAAGCCUUCCAAACACAGAGGUCACAACCGUGCUGUGCAACUCGGGUCAGUACACAGCCGGCGAUCCUUUUGCUACCAGUCUUGCUUAUGUUCUCGAAGAAUUACUAAGAGACACCCCAAAACACAAGAACUAUGAUGUGUAUAACAUCUCUCCUUUUCCUAAUGCAUUUGCGUAUGGUCACGGUUCUUGUAACAAAAACCUAACUAGUUCAGACUGCGUUGCUUGUCUUGGUGCUGCCAAAACUGCCAUGCUUGGCUCAUGUCAAAAUCGUAUUGGGGCUCGAGCUGUGCUUCAUGAUUGUGCAAUUAGGUAUGAGCAAUACCCUUUUACUGAUUAGUGAAAAUAAUAAAACUUUUAUGAAAACAAGGGUUUUCUUGUUUGUGGGAAAAGACCUCUUAUCCGAUUGAAUUUGGUAUCUAUCAACAUUGUAUGAUUUGUGGGGUGGAACUUAUUAUAUGGCUUGCCAUUUAAAAGAUUAGCCUUUUCUUUUUUAGUAAUUUGUGUUUUAGACUUUCAGUUUUCUUCUAUUUUUAUUUAUAUUUAGUAUUUUGGAGAUAGCAUUGUAUAAGUGGUUGCUGGCUGGGAAAUAAAGAUUUCAUUCCACUGAUUGGUAGUCU